AUGGCGAAGGACGAAUUGGAGAGCACGACGGGCCACCUCGGCGCCCUCUCGCGCAAACUCUCGGCGGCCCUGACCCCCAAAGACUCCUUCGCCCACAUGCCGUGCCUGCUGGAAUUGCGGCCCGGCCCCGGUGGUCUCGAGGGCCGCUUCUUCGCCGACACCCUUUUCAAGAUGUACAAGCAAUACUGCACGCGCAAGGGCUACCGCGUGCAGGUCAUUAAGUACGAAAUGGCCGACGCGGCGGGCGACUCUUCUUCAGCGGCGGGCGAGCAGCCGUUGCAGGAGGCCAUCAUCGAGGUCCAGGACCCCGGAGCGUACGACAUCUUCCGCGGGGAGGCCGGCAUGCACCGCGUGCAGCGGGUACCGGCCACCGAGAGCAAGGGUCGCACGCACACCAGCGCCGUGGCCGUGUGGGUUCUCCCUUCGUUCCCCGAGAACGGCGCCGUGGAGGAGGACUUUAACAACCCGGAAAGCGACUUCUUCAUCGACCCGCAAGAGGUCAAGAUCGAGACGAUGCGCGCGAGAGGCGCGGGCGGACAGCACGUCAACAAGACGGAAUCGGCUAUCCGGAUGACGCAUUUGCCGACGGGCACGGUGGUGAGCAUGCAGGACUCGCGGUCGCAGCAGCGAAACCGCGAGGACGCGUGGAAGCUCCUGCGCUCGAGAGUCGCUCUGCAGCGGCGCGAGGCGAAGGAGGAGGCCGCGGCGCAGCUGAGGAACUCUGUGCUUUCAAAGAACAAGAUCACGAGAGGCGACAAGAUCAGAACGUACAAUUACCAGCAGGACCGCGUGACGGACCACCGCGCCGGCAUUGACGUGCACGACUUACCCGACGUCAUCUCCGGCGGGGAGACGCUGGAUAAGGUAUUUGAAAGCGUACGGGAGUGGAUGGUCUCACAGGAUAUUGAGGCCAUGAUGGCCGAGCAGGAGGCCGCGACGUUGAUCGCGGAGAAGAAGGCGCAGAAGUAA